AUGGCUCCCGUCGGCAUUCUGGCUCGUCUUAAGAGCCUCUACACUAAGCAUCAAGAUGAACCCUCAUUAUCAGUGUACACCGUCGCGCUCUUCUCGGUCGCCCUUACAUUACUCUACGUCGUUCCCUUCUACCUCUCCCCCGCAACCAGGCCGUCGCCCAGUCUAAGCCGCGAUGCGCCCUCCGUCAUCCGCGCGCGUAUUCGCACGGUGACAGGCUCUUGUUUCGUCUGCUCGCUAGUCGUACUUUGGCUUGUCGUUGAUAAGGGCGGUUCCUCGCUGAGUGCAGCGUUGAGUCUGCUCGGCUGGUGGCCGAUUGAUCUCGGUGAUAUCCUGCGCAGUCUCCUGUUGACCGCGAUCCUGUUCAUCGGCCCGCUGUAUGAACGUGGAAUCGUCGAGGGUGAAUGGCGGUCAUGGUUUAGGCGGGCGAAAUGGUCCGAGUCGCUAGGCGGGUGGAUUGGGUGGAGGAAUUACGUCGCGGGCCCCAUCACCGAAGAAGUCAUGUUCCGCUCCGCCAUAAUCCCCCUGCACAUCCUCGCCCACAUCUCCCCAGGACGCAUCACCUUCCUCUCCCCGCUGUACUUCGGCAUCGCGCACAUCCACCACUUCUACGAGUUCCGCCUCACACACCCCGACACCCCCGCUCUAGCAGCCCUCCUUCGCUCCCUCUUCCAAUUCGGCUAUACCACCAUCUUCGGCUGGUUCGCUACCUUUGUCUACCUACGCACCGGCUCCCUGCCCGCCGUCAUCCUGGUCCAUAGCUUCUGCAAUUGGUGCGGGCUGCCCCGGUUCUGGGGCCGGGUGGAGGCUGGCGAGCCUUUGGGACCGCCGGUGCGGGGCAAGGAGGAUGAGGAUGGGAAGGGGAGGGGUGUUAGUGUUGGGGAUGGGGAGUUGAGUGUUUGGUGGACGGUUGUGUAUUAUGUGUUGUUGGUUGUUGGGGCGGUGGGUUUUGCGUGGACGUUGUGGCCGUUGACGGAGUCGUAUAAUGCUUUGGUAGAUUUUGGGAGGAAGGGGGUUAAAUGA